UCAGUGCACGUCACGCAAUUAUAAUACCUCCGACUCCGGAGUUUCUUUCUAUCUAGUGUAUGAUAUAUAGUGUGUGUGAUUCUCGGUAAUAAAAAAUACAAUUAAACAUAUUAAAAAAGCAUCAUUGUCUUAGCAUUAGCAAGUGGUCCCUGUGACACUAAAAACAAUAGUUGGGAUCAGUGGGUUUUAUUAAAUAAUAAAUAUACGGCAUACCAUCAGACAUAACUUAAAUUAAUAUAUCACUUGAUUGUGAAUAAACGGUGUAAGAAAAAAUAAAAAAGUUGUACCCAAGCCGGGAGGGUUGGAGCGAGAGGCGAGAUUAGACCUUUUGUAAGUUUGAGAGAGCUAGAGACAAAGAGUAAGUGUGUGAGUAGUGUGUAAUAUUAAAAGUAAAAGACCUUGAUGUGCAUUGCCAUUGCUACAGUUUAUAGUUUCAUCUUUAACUGAUAUUACAUCGGCCAGCUAAUUGACACUUUUAUAACACUUUUUUUUUAUAUUUAAAUACUAAAUAAUCCUGCGAGUGGUGGAUCUGCUGCUGGAGCGGGCCCUCUUUACACCACCGGCAUCAGCAUCAGUGGCAUCAUCGGCAAAGCGGGAUCCUGAUAAUUAUCCGGCGAGUGGAUACGACCUGGAGCAUUAUUACCCUCGUGAUAACGAGGUGAUUGGACCAGGUGGCAGGUUAUGUCAGCUGGAUUGACAGGUACUGUGCCAGAUCAGCGGAUGAAAGGACAAGCAAAUCAGACAAACAAUGGUCCCAAGGAACACCAGCCAAGUGAUCAUGGAGGGGACGAGUCAAACUUCGAUUCAUGGCGAGGAGGAAACAACACCCAGCAUCAUUCAAACUACCCAACAAUCGGUACCGGUGAGCCUUAUCCUUACUACACCAAUACGUCAUUUCAAUAUCAAACAUUUGGAGCAGGCGAUGGUACCUGGUCUAAUGGAACAGAUCCAGUUGCCUUUUUGUCAGGUUACGGCGGUCAAAUAAGUCACGAUGCGUACGGAGGUGGCAUGGAUCAGAUGUUUUCCACGGCGGCGGCUGCUGGAGCCGGUGGAGGAUUCAGCGGUUUUGGAGCACAGCCGGCGUUCAACUAUUUCCCAGCUGGCAAUGGGGACUUCAAUGCCUGGGGAACACCCAGGAAGACACGCUACGAGGAGUACUAUCCCCAACCGAGGGGAAAUGAAAAUUAUAGUGGUGGCAGUGAGGGGACUGCUGCCAGUGAGAUGAAAAUAGAGCAAGGUGUCGCGGGUUUGUCGCUAGGAACUGGCGAACAGGUACGUCAUGAUCAAAUGUCUUCCCAGAGUAAAUCGGAGCCGAAGGAGCAGCGUAAAAUAACCUGGGCGAGUGUUGCGAGUCAACCAGCUAAACCGGUACCACCGGUGUCUACCAGUCAGGUGAUGAAGAAAAAAGCCGGUAUGCCACCGCCUCCAAUAGUACCUGGUAAGCACAAUAUGGAUAUUGGUACGUGGGGUGAGGGUAAAUCAGCGCCACCACCGAAAGCACCGUUACCGCCUCAAAUUCCGCCGCCAGUUGUCACACCGCCAAUUAUUCCAAGGCAAAGACCAACUCCACCACCGAGUUGGAAGCCUUCUUCACCACCGCCGCAGUCACAUGCUCCUGGACCACAAUCUCAUGGUCCUGGUUCACAAUCACACGGUCUUGGACCACAGCCACAUGGUCCCGGAUCACUGCCACAUGGCCCUGGUCCACAAUCUCACGGCCCUGGGUCACAACUUCAGCAUCCCAUGCCUCAGCAACAGCAGCAAGCGCCACACCAGCCUCAACAUCAACAACAGCAUCCCCAGCAUCAACAUCAGCAGUCUCAACAACAGUCCCAGCCGCCUCAACAGCAACAUCAUCAGCAACCGCAGCAUCAGCAACAGCAACAGCCACCCCAACAUCAACAGCAUCAUCAGUCCCAGCAAAAUCAUCACAAUCAACAUCAGCAGCAUCAGCCACCCCCACCACCACAACAGUAUCAGCAACAUUUACCACCAGCGCCAACGCUUUCCCACCCAGUUCUCGAUGAACUUAAAGUCAAAAAUGAUUACAAUCCCGGGGAGUUUGAUCAAACAGCACCAGGUGCGCGAUUUUUUGUUAUUAAAUCUUACUCAGAGGAUGAUAUUCAUCGUUCAAUUAAGUACGAGAUUUGGUGCAGUACUGAGCACGGAAAUAAAAGACUUGACCAGGCAUUCAAAGAGGCUAACAGAGAUGGAGCCCCUCUGUAUUUAUUUUUUUCCGUAAAUGGAUCUGGGCACUUUUGCGGUAUGGCACAAAUGGUAUCUUCCGUAGACUACCACAGCAACAGCUCGGUUUGGUCUCAAGAUAAAUGGAAGGGACAGUUUCGCGUACGCUGGAUUUACGUUAAAGACGUUCCCAAUACUCAGUUACGUCACAUCAGACUGGAAAACAAUGAAAACAAACCGGUAACAAAUUCACGAGAUGCACAAGAAGUACCGCAUGCAAAAGGUGUCCACGUGCUUCGUAUACUCCAUACGUAUCGACACACCACAAGUAUUUUUGAUGACUUCGGUCAUUACGAGAAGCGACAGGCUGAAGAAGAUCAACGCAAAGGGCCCCCGCCUGGCGCAAUGCAGCACCAUCAUCAGCAGCAUCACCAGCAGCAACACCAUCAGCCGCCACCGCAUCAUCAGCAACAUUCGCCGCCUUCCGGGUUACGUGGGCGACCUCAUUCUCAUCAUAAUGAUUCCAGAGACCAUCACCAUCCUCAGCAUUCGCAUCAUCAGCGCAAGGAACACAAUCGUGAUGGACGUGGAAGAGGACGAGGGAACCCCCGUCAGUAGCAGCAGUCUUUUAAUUGAUGCUGUUAACAAUUAUAAAUAAUUAAUCAACAAGAUAAAUAUUAUUCAAUAAUUGAAUAGAUAAAGAUGAUGACGACGACGACAAUGAUGAUGAUGAUGAUUAUGAUGAAGGACCAUUUACUUAUUAUCUCAAUUACACAACAGGAUUAAUUCGUGAUAUACAUAUAUGUAUAAAUAUAUGAAAUAAUGAACACUUAUCGCUUAUUUGCAACAUCGACAGUUUAAAAAAAAUAAUAAUUUAAAAAAAUAGAUUUGAAUAAAAAUAAAAAAAGUAAUGAAUCAGUUUUAUUAACUCAGUGUUGAAUAUUGAAUUUGAUUGAGAUUUUAAAAUCUUAAACCUCAAUCUAGUGUGACUUUGGAUAAAUAAAAAUGGUUUUAAAAGUAAUUAUUAAAAAUGAAAUGGAAAUAUUAUAAUUAUAAUAAUAAUUAAUUAAUAAAAGUAAAAGUAAAGAAGAAUGAUGACGAAAAUAGAUUGGGACGUGUGUCUCGAUAAGUGGACAGUGAAUAAAAAAAAAUAUUAAAAUUCAGUGCCUACGGCCUCUGGGACGAAUCGCGACUGGAAAUGAAUUUUUAAUUAUUAUUUAAUCAUGUUAAUUACAUAAUUAAAGAUUAAAAAGUGUUUGUCGAUCUUAUUGAUCGUGUUAAAUGCUAAAGAAAAAAGAAACUAAAUCAGUAAAAAAAUAGUCUGUCAAUUUAUAUUAUAUAUUUUUUGUUUUUAAUGCUUAGACGUUAUUGAGAUCAUACACUUACACAUACAUAUAUGUUUACAUACAAUAAAAUACUACAGACAUAAAUUAUAUACAUAUUUAAAUUUAAAUUGAAAUUAUACAUACACGUGGAAGAAACAAUUUGUUAUUGUACUCACGAUUUUAUUCUUCUUGUCUUGUUUUAAUACGUGCAAAUAAAAUUUUAAUUACGAUUAUUCCGAUGCAUGAGAAAUAAAGAA